AUGGAGUACCCCCCCCCCCCCCAUCCCAUUCCAAUCUUAUGUACGCGUGUGUUCGUUCAAGCUGAGUUCCUUACCAGCGCUAUGACAAAAGAUGGCCGCCGCCAGGACCGCCAGGACCUCCCUGAUGUCCACCGGGGCCACCAGGACCGCCGGGACCGCCGUGAUGGCCACCAGGACCUCCUUGGGGACCUCCGAAACCCCCAGGGCCACCCUGAGGGCCUCCAAAUCCAGGGCCACCAGGGCCGCCGUGAGGACCGCCGUGAUGGCCACCGGGGCCGCCUUGGGGACUUCCAAUUCCUGGGCCACCAGGGCCGCCGUGGGGACCACCCAAACCCCCCAGGGCCACCCUGA